GGAGGAACAGCCUCGUGGGGGUCCUUCCCGCAGUGCUGCUCCUUUAAGGCCAAGCCCCGCCUCUCUUUGGGCGCCUGCCUCCGCCCCCAGGGUGACGUCACGGCAAGGCCAGCCCCGCCCCGAUCCCUUGGAAACAGGCAGGCAGAGGGGAGGGGGGCCUCCGCGGGCGGAAGUGAGGGGGCGCUUCCGGUUGGGCCCAGCCGAGGGAGAGGCGCCAACUCUUCGCGUGUUCCUCGGGAGCCUCGCGCGGACUCAGAACCCGGACCCUUCCCCCGGCAGAGAAGGCUGUCCUGCGGAAGGAGGGAGGCUGCAGGGAGGGAGUGGCAGAAGAAGCUUCAGGCUGAAGUGGAAAAGAACCUGCAGGUGCAGAAAGGUGACUUCUGAACAAGUUCUGCAAAGAACACAGCGUGAGAGCUUUGCCCGAGGAGUGCUCUAAGUCUAAAGUGACUUCAAGAUACACAGCAAUGACAACAAGAAAAAAUAAGUAGUAGAAAAAUAUAUUACAAGCUACAACCCUAUGCAGUUAAGAGGAGGAAAGAAGAUUGUGAUGAAAAAAAAGAGGCUUGGAAAGCGAGCAGAAGGCUACAGCAAUACAAAGACUGUGCUGAUCGGGAGGUUAUAUCUGUAAACCCCUGGCAUAAUAUUUGAAUUAUAAAUAUAAAAGAAUGGCAAGUCCUCUACCUCCCUAUCCUAAAUCACGCACAGGGGAGAAGUUGCAUCAGUGUAUGGAAUGUGGGAAACAAUUUGAUUGGAAAAGUUCUCUUGCUAGACAUGAACGGACCCACACAGGGGAGAAGCCCUAUAAAUGCAUGGAAUGUGGAGGAAGCUUCAGUCAGAGUGGCAGUCUACGUUCCCAUCAAAGGACCCACACAGGGGAGAAGACACAUAAAUGCAUGGAAUGUGGGAAGAGCUUCAGUCAGAGUUGCAAUCUACGUUCCCAUCAAAGGACCCACACAGGGGAGAAGCCAUAUAAAUGCAUGGAAUGUGGAGAAAGCUUCAGUUGGAGUGGCAGUCUACGUUCCCAUCAAAGGACCCACACAGGGGAGAAGCCACAUAAAUGCAUAGAAUGCGGAAAGAGCUUCAGUCGAAGUGACAGUCUACGUUCUCAUCAAAAGACCCACACAGGGGAGAAGCCACAUAAAUGCGUAGAAUGCGGAAAAAGCUUCAGUCACAGAGGUAGUCUACAUUACCAUCAAAGGACCCACACAGGGGAGAAGCCAUACAAAUGCAUAGAAUGCGGAAAGAGCUUCAGUUGGAGUGACAAUCUACAUUACCAUCAAAGGACCCACACAGGGGAGAAGCCAUACAAAUGCAUGGAAUGUGGAGAAAGCUUCAGUCACAGUGGCAGUCUACGUUCCCAUCAAAGGACCCACACAGGGGAGAAGCCAUAUAAAUGCAUGGAAUGUGGAGAAAGCUUCAGUCAGAGUGGACAUCUACGUUUCCAUCAAAGGACCCACACAGGGGAGAAGCCACAUAAAUGCGUGGAAUGCGGAAAGAGCUUCAGUCGCAGUGACAAUCUACAUUACCAUCAAAGGACCCACAAAGGGGAGAAGCCAUACAAAUGCAUAGAAUGCGGAAAGAGCUUCAGUCGGAGUGGCAGUCUACGUUUCCAUCAAAGGACCCACACAGGGGAGAAGCCACUUAAAUGCGUAGAAUGCGGAAAGAGCUUCAGUCACAGUUCUCAUUUGCGUACCCAUCAAAGGACCCACACAGGGGAGAAGCCAUAUAAAUGCAUAGAAUGCGGAGUAAGCUUCAGUCACAGAGGUAGUCUACGUUACUAUCAAAGGACCCACACAGGGGAGAAGCCAUACAAAUGCAUAGAAUGCGGAAAGAGCUUCAGUUGGAGUGACAGUCUACGUUCUCAUCAAAAGACCCACAUAGGGGAGAAGCCACAUAAAUGCAUAGAAUGCGGAGUAAGCUUCAGUCACAGAGGCAGUCUACGUUACCAUCAAAGGACCCACACAGGGGAGAAGCCAUAUAAAUGCAUAGAAUGCGGAAAGAGCUUCAGUCACAGUUCUUAUUUGCGUACCCAUCAAUGGAAACACACAGGGGAGAAGCCACAUAAAUGUAUGGAAUGUGGAAAGAGCUUUAGAGAAAGUUCAGCAUAUAUUAAUCAUCACAGAACCCAUGCGCCACUAGAGGAGACGGGCCUUUAAGUUUCCAAGCCCUCUUCAAAAGAACAUUGGAAGGAAAGAGGAAAGCCACCACCUUGCUCUCUCUCUCUCUCCCAUGAACUGCAAUUUGACUGCUGCUGACAGGUCUCACUCAGAGGGGGGCUUUUCUCAGCAUUGCAGCAAGCUUUGAAGGCGUUCACCUAACCUCCUCCAUAAAGAAACCCCUCACAGGCUUCUAGGAUGAUCUCUGAAGGUUUGCUGAAAUGAGCAGAAGCUGAGAUCUCUGGAUAAAAAGGGUUCUGAAAAAGAAUAGCUCUUUGGUAGCAGAUUACGUCAUAUCUUGAUACGCUUGUCUCAUGUCUUGGCUCUACUGCCCCUCGGUUAGAAUUUGGGGCUCCAGCCAUGUACUUGUAACCCUUUUCUGGACUUUGUUGUGUCCUGAAUCGUUGACUCUAAAUUCUGGACUGACUGCCUGGUUUCAUUUAUGAACUAGGACUUUGUUUGUAUCCCCGUCUUUUUGGGUUAUCUUUGAGACUCUGAAUUCUGUUUGUAUUCUUGAUUUUUGGUUGUUAUUUUAUCAUCUCUGUCGAAUGAACUCUGGGCAUGUGACUAUUGGACUGUUACCUUGGCUAUUGUUUUUUCUUGCUCCUGACCUGGAUCUGCCGUUCUUGACAUGUCUGCAUUAAUUGGACUCUUGACCUUGACUUGUGUUCACUGUUACUCCGACUGUGUUGAUGCAAUUAUAUUAUUUUAGCAGGACUCAAGAUUUUAAAGGUAAAGGAUUUAAAGUUUAAAGGUAAAGACUCAAGUCUUGAAAGGUAUGGUCUUGGCUUACCUUGUGUUCCUCAGACCUUAUACCGGGAGAGCCCUGGUACACGAGACCAUCAGUCUUGCUUUGUGUGUACUAAUCCCUGCUUAGAGUGAACCCAUUUCUGUAUUUGAGACUGUUUAAUCACCACCUUUGGCAAAGGGUCCAUUACGAUACACUGCAUAUCUCCCUAACUGUAUGGAAUGGAAGACAAAGAAUGAUCACAACAGAUGAUGCAGAUUGAUGAUGAUGAUGGUGAUGAUAAUGAUAAUGAUGAUACUUUAUUUGUAACCCGCCCUAUCUCCCCAAGGGGACUCAGGGCGGUUUCCAGGAAGUAACAAAAUGGCAAACAUUCAAUGCCACAAUGUCAAAAACAAUAGAUAUGACAAUCUCAAUAUAACCCUAUGAACGAAACUAAAAAAAAAAAACCAAAUAUUGAAACGGAAACUCAAUCUCACACAUUUACCAUGGUAAAAUCCUACAUGUUUCACAUAAGGUAGUUUACGGCUUCCCAGGAGCUGAGGUAGGUGUCCAAUAUCUGGGAGAGGAUAUUUAUAAAGAUGUAGUAGUCCUCCUCCUCUCCAUAAGCUAAAGUGCAUAAAUGGGUUUUUAAAAGCUUUUUGAAGGAGAGGAGAGGGGGCCAUUCUUAGUUCUUUAGGGAGGGAGUUCCAGAGACAAGGGGCGAUCUCAGAGAAGGCCCCUCUCUUGUCCCCCCACAACCGAGGUUGGGACAGGAGUGGGACCGAGAAGAGGGUCUCUGCAGACCACUGCACCCACGCUGGUUUAUUUAUGGAGAUGCCAUUUUUCAAAAACUCUGGACCCAAAAUGCUUAGGGCAUUAUAGGUAAUAACCAGCACUUUGUAUUAAGCCCAGGAGCGUAUGGGCAGACAGUGGUUCGUUCCCUUUAUGGUGCUCCAGAAAUUAACCUGGUUGCGGAUCUCUGAAGAAUUGAAGCUUCCGAACUAUCUUCAAAGGCAGCCCCAUGUAGAGAGCGUGGCAGUGGUCCAGGUUGGAUGUAACUGGACUCAUUAAUCCGUUGAGAUGGACAAAUUAACUAAAUGGAUGAAGUAUAGAACAGCAUUUAGAGGAAUAGAGGUAAAAAUCGUAUAGUGAAUGAGAUGUUUAUAGACUAGUGUUCGUUGUCCGUUAGUUUUGAUCUUACUGUACAAGACGUGUGUCCUUGUUCGCUUUAUAUUUGGUUAAGUAGUACUUCUAAAAAUGGACCAAAAUGAUAAUUUGUGUAAAAAAAAUUAAAUACCUAAAUUGUAAUUUGCAUAAGCAUGCUUUGUUUUGUUUCUGUUGUUUUUUGUCUUUGAAUAAAAAUGGUUUAUUCUAUGAAGUGUGAUACAUCAGCUUUAAAAAGCCAACGUGAUUCUAGGCUGUACCAAUGGGAGGGUGAUGUCUAGAUCCGGGUCAGUUUUAGUCGACUCUCUUCUACACUUUGGUCAGACCUGCCCUGGAAUAACCCUGUGUCCAGAUCUGAGCAGCGCAAUUCAAGCAAGAGUUUGAGAUGCUAGAAUGUGUCCAGAGAAGGGCUCCAGGGAAUGGCUGAGGGAGAUUGAUGUGUUCAGUCUGGAGGGGAAAAAAAGGCUGAGGGGACAGGAGAGCCAAUAUUUGGAAGGUUGUCCCUUUGAGGAGAAAAGGGCAAGUGUUUCCUGCUUCUCUGGAGACAAAAUACAAAGCAACUGAUUCCCAUUGCAGGAAAGAAGCUUCCACCUAAACAUUAGGAAGCAUUUCUCAAUGGUAAGAGCUGUUCAGCCAUGGAAGCCUUGUCCCUUCUCAGGAGCCUCCCUUCCCAAGCCCUGGCCUUCCACCUCCUGGGGACUCCAUGUCCCAGAAUCCCUGACCUUGGACCAAGAGAGCUUGGGCUCCUGGGUGUUGAAGCCCAAGGAAUCCCAGAGGAAUAGAGUUUGGGAAUCCUUGCUCCAGAGAGUGGAGGGAAUUGCUCUCUUGGACUACAACUCCCAUAAACACUAUAAAAAGACCUGGCAUGGGGGUUGUAGGACCCUGGGAGUUGUAGUCCAAGACAAAUAUGUCUCCCAAGUCCUUGCAAUUAAAAGCUUUCUUUCUCAUGGUGUCGAAUGUGUUUGUGUUCAUCCAUAUAGAGAAGGGUUUAGAAAGAAACAAGGAGAAUGUGCAUUGAGUAUCUGCCACGACUUUAAUGUUUACUUGUCAUUCUGAUGGCAGUGGUUGAUCAGGUAUAUAUUAAUCCAAUGUCCACAAUGUAAUAAAGAAUCCUAUGUUAUUAUUAGUCCAAAGUUACUUCUUUGGACUGUAUCUCCCAUAAUCCUUCCCCACAGGAAGACCUAAGGAGGCCAGAUAAAGAGAGACCCUGGUUGUUUAUAGAUUUUGGGAAUUUGGGUUGUUUUGGGUCUUAGGCCUCCUGAGGAGAGAGGGCCCAGAUGCCCUUCUCAUUGGAUUCCCACGUCCUCUCUUUUUGAGGUGAUUUCAGUAGAGACCACAUAUAGUGAGUCUAUACCUGGUGAGGCUCCACUAAAUCAGAUCGGCCCGGACAGAGAACAAAGUUAUCUGGGUUUGAAAGCAAAGAAGAUGACUUUCAAUCCACUUGCACAGGUAUAAAGUGCUAAACGGUUCCGGCCCAGCUUACUUGUCCGAACGUGUCUCCCGCUAUGACCCAUCACGGAAUCUAAGAUCUUCCAGGGAGGCCCUGCUCUCGGUUCACAGGUGCGGCUGGCGGGGAUGAGGGACAGGGCCUUUUCAGUGGUGGCCCCCCGCCUAUGGAACACCCUCCCAAACAAAAUUAGACAGGCUCCCGCCCUCCUGUCUUUCUGAAAGAGAACAAAAACGUGGUUAUGGGAGCAGGCAUUUGAGCAUGAGUAGCAGCAGAAUCGCGAUAUGAAUAUAUGACUCCUUGACAGACCCCCACCUGGACAUGAAAAGCACCUUAAAUGUAUAUUUAAAUGUACAAUGAUGCAGGUUUUUAAGGUAUAUUUUAAUUUUUAUUGUAAUUUUUUAAUCUUGGAAGACUUUUAAUCUGAUGUAAACUGUGUUUCUGAUGUAUAUUGUAAGCCGCUCUGAGUCCCCUGAUGGGUGAGAAGGGCGGGGUAGAAAUGAUGUAAUAAUAAAUCAAUCAAUAUCCAGA